CAUAUUGUCUCAUCACAUGCUCCCUGGUUUGCAGGAAGGUCAAGAGAAGAUGUCAAAGAGUGACCCCUCUUCUUCUAUCUACAUGGAGGAUGAAGAGGCAGAUGUAAAUCUCAAGAUAAAGAAGGCUUUUUGUCCACCGAAGGUUGUAGAAAAGAAUCCAUGUCUGGAGUACAUCAAGUAUAUCGUCAUCCCUUGGUUUAAUGAGUUCAAAAUUGAGCGAAGCGCUGAGAAUGGUGGCGACAAGACAGAAUUUUGAAGAACUGGCUGCUGACUAUGAAAAUGGGUACUUGCAUCCUGCGGACCUGAAACCUACAUUAUCAAAAGCAAUCAAUAAGAUAUUACAGGUACGUGAUCAUUUUAAGAAUGAUCAGAAAGCCAAAGAUCUUAUGAAAAGGGUGAAGGUAUGUGUUCUAAAAGUUGCCUAAAUGUUCUGUUUUGAACGAAAUGUCUCUUUGAUGUCAUCACUUGAGGUCAGGGUAUGCUUUCUUUACUGAACUACUGAGGCUUCUUGGUACAAAAAAAGAGAAAUCUGAAUUUUGGGCUGAGAUGGGGUCAGGUUUUAUCUCUUGUUUCAAAAGGGAUGAUUGAUGGUGUAAUUACAUGGCUCAAAUUGAAUAUAUGUCUCUCCUAGACUAUUGAGAUUACAUUUCUUCCUGUGCAAAAGAUACAAUUUCUAAUGAAACGACGACAAAGCUAGCGUUUGGACAUAGAUUUGGCUGAAAGUUGAAAAAAUGAAGGGGCGUGAACCCCUUCGCCGGAAGGCAAAAUUCGUUUUGUGUCUCUAUAUAUUAUAUUUUGAAUCUCCUUGACAUAGUCCAAAAGCAUAACUUAGUGAUCUAGGGGGUUCAAAACAUUUGUGAGGUUGUUGGUUCUAUUCCCACUUGCCACAGUCUCUUUUAGAUUUUUGGAUUUUUUCUUUUUCCGAACCCCCUUAGCAGAAAUCCUAUCUCCGCCACGGGGGAGGGGGUUGGUUAUUGUGUGUGCCAUUUUUGGAUAUUCAGAAACAAUAUGAUUAGAAUAUCAUUUUUUGGCUCGUGACCAUAUCAAGGGUGUUCAAAAGUAGUUCUAUGGCAGCUUUUGCAUCUCAUUUUUGCUGUCUUCUGAUUUGCAGAGUUUCAAGGUAACGAGGUGAGGUUUUGAUGAAUGAAGAGGUGAAGUGGGAUUAGGAGAUGAUAAUGGCUGUCCAAUCCAUUCUAUUUUGUUUCUGUUGCAUUUUAAUACCAUGGUUUCCCGCAAUUAGAACUGUUUGGCAUUUGCACUCUCCAUUUUUUAGUUAAUAUUUUUGAUGUGUGAUUAUGUGUCCGAAUCCUAAGACAAAAUUUCAAUUAUAAAAAAAGGAAUAAGACUCAAUUUUGUGAACUGUGAUUUUACAGAGGAAAUGCUUCUGAUACUUUUGUUAGCAACACGGUAAUUUCCAGAGUGAUGUCUAUGUGCAUCUCUCGUCCUCUGCGGUACGUGUAAAGAUUUGCAGGCAAACACAAUGUUGAGCCCCAAUCGAUAUUCUACUAUAUAGAAGAGCGCAGAAGCAAGCAGGAGACCGUCGACAUCCCUGCUUGCUUAGCAAGGGCUAUUUGGUCAUGUCUGCUUGCUGCUAAAGGGUAUUUUAGGUAUUUUCACAUAUCUUCUAUUUUGCCCUACGCUUACACGUGCACUGAACUUUGCUGAGUAAGCUGCAUAUGAGAUGAGAAUGCAUCUACAGAUACAUGUCGAUGUUUUCCACGAAAUUUCACCGGAUUUUACUCCCACCAUCUGUCUUCCUCUGUAUCUUCUAUGGAAUUUUCUCCGUGAGCUUCUGCUGGAAAUCAUCGAUUUUCUGUCUCUAUCAGUGUAAUUUCCUUACCAACAAACUCAGCUUCUCUGAUCUUUAAUAACAACUUAUUUUGCAUAUCCAUAAGUGCAAUUUCUUUAUCUUUUUUGCUGAUUGUGCUAUUGUUUUCGAUGUUUUUGAAUUCGAAUUCUAUUGAAAAAUUCAAAGUUUUCUAGGGCCAAGAACUGAAAUGGAAUAUCAAUAUUUUGUUUGUGGAUUUUUUUAUAGCCUGUAUCAUUGUGAAGAAAGGGUGUUUAUAGCAAGAAAAAGCUACCUGUAGCUUAAGCCCCGAAGUUAACUCCUUCUCAUUUAAUAAUAUAAAAUGGAACAAAGGCUUAGUAUUAGUGAAAUUACACCAUUAACUACAGAAUGGACUUGCAAAGUCCAGCCUGUAGACAAAUUUCGGCCGCGAGACAGUAGGGAUCAGCGAGUUCAUUUUCAAACAAUAAUUGUCCAGGAUGUAAACGAGGAACAAGUUUGUGUGAUACUUUAUGGUGACGAUAUUAGAAGAUGUGAUAACUUGUUCGAACUUUUUGAGACGUAUCUGAUUUCAACUGCCAAGGUUAGAAAUCCACAGCCUUAUUCACUACAUGUAGGCCAAUUUGAGUGGAUCGUUGACAGAUUUACUAUUAUGGAAUCUAUCCCAAAAAAUAAUGAGAAGGAAACACCGUUACCUCCUCCAUCGAGACUGAGUACAAUUUCGUUCGUCGACGUUGCACAACAGCCUUCGGGUGUUGAAUUUGAUCUAUUAGCUGUGGUGGCAAACUGUGGGCCAACGCAAUACACCGCUGAUCAGAGCAAGAGAUUUCAAGAGGCCAUAGUAAUGGACAAAAUGAAGAAACCUCUCUUCUUCACUAUAUGGGAAGAUUUGGCAAGCAAUGAAGGAGCUGAAUUACUGAGACAAGUGAGGCAACUACAAGAAUAUCCUAUUAUUCUCGCGAAGCGGAUAGUUACCCGUUUGGCAACAAGAUACAACUCAACAAUCUUAAUCAAUCCCCUAUAUGUGCAAGCAACUGAAUUACGAAAGUGGAUAAAUGAGAACAAACAAAUGCUAAUAGAAUACACAGUGAAGAGUUCAACAGAGUCAGCUUCAUCGCUUAAUCUUGUAGCUGUUGAUGAUGAAAUAUUAACUGUUUCAGCUAUUGCUACGCAAACCUCCACUGCGGCAACUUUUUACGUCGAAGGAGAAAUUUCACUACCUGAGCAUUUCCAACGAUUUUACCUGCUAGGUUGUUCUGAAUGUAACCAUGUUGUUCGGAGCAAAAUAAAAAGGGAGAUUCAAUGCAUAAACUGCAGAUUGCCACGAAUGUUAAUUCCAAAGUGCCACUUUGAGGUAGAAAUUACAGACGAAACUGACACAACAACAGCAACAGUGUCUGAAGGCUUGGGCGAAAGAAUAUUGUCAAUGACAGCUGAACAAAUAUAUGAUAUCACCACUGUUAAGAAUGAAUUACUCCCCGUUGCCCAUAUCAAUCAACUACUUGCUGAUAAACUUUUCAGAAUUCAGCUACAAAGGUCAUCAUCCAGAACACCAGACAAAAAUGCAGGUUCUCUGGUUCUUUUAUCAUACACUGAAAAACCAACCAUGUUUCUACCAGAAGAGUCAACAUCUGUGAGUGGUGCGAAGAGAAUUAGGGAAGACGAGUCAAUACUUGUGACUGAUGCAAAAGCAACUAAGAAACGGAAAAGCGAACCAAGUACUCUACCAAAGCCACAGUGAAGGACUUAGUUUGCAAAUAGUUCAUCAUCAAAAGUUGAAGUUACCAGCUAACUGUGACUUCACAUUUUUUGUGUAAAUAGUUGCCAGUGGUGUGUGCCUAUAUUUUUGAAGGCACUUGGUGUUAUUUUUGGAUAUUGAAGCGGCCUCUAAAUGUUAUACAUACCAGUCUUAGAUAUUUGGCCGCCUUAACAAAGUGUUCCACAUUUUUUGUAUAAAUAAUUGCCAGUGGUAUGUGUCUAUGUUUUUGAAGGCACUUGGUGUUAUUUUUGGAUAUUGGAGCGGCCUCUAGAUGUUGUACAUACCAGUCUGUUUAUUCAAAGUAUUAAUGUAUAUCUUGUCUGCUUGACAUCAAUAUUACAAACAUGUUGUUCUAUGCAAAGAUUCAGUAAUUGCUAUGAAGAAUAUAUCUUUAGUGGAUU